GACUGUGCUAAACCCAAUGGCAAAGGGAGAUACGCUGCAUUGCUCAUACAUAUCAGCAUCCGAGCACGAAAGGACCCUCAUAUUUGAGAUGGGUGCAGUACGCGGACAUGUUCAGAAACUUGCCCCGAAGUCAUCAUGUAGCCUUUAGACUUUGGUGUUUAAAUAGAAGAGUUGUUAUCCUAUUACAACGAGAAUAACUGUACCGCUUCUUUUCUAUUGGUUAAAACGUCGCACAGGAAGGGAAAAUGUUUAUUUUCUCUGUGUUCCUCCUCUCCUUAUGGAGCGCUGGUGUUGGAGUGGGACAUGGUUGCCCUGAACUAUGUGACUGCUUUGACAAGUAUGGACGCCACUUCGCUGAAUGCUCCUUCAAAGACCUGACUGACAUCCCUGAAGGUCUGCCCUCCAACGUAACCACUCUGAGUCUCUCUGCCAAUAAAAUAUCUUUGGUGCAGUCAGGCAGCUUUGACAAUGUGACCCAGGUUACAUCCCUCUGGAUGGCCCAUAAUGAGAUAGUCUCUAUCGAGCCCGGAACUCUAGCUCCCCUUCUCCAACUGCGUAACUUAGACAUCAGCUACAACAAGAUGGUUGACUUCCCCUGGCAGGAUCUCCAGAACCUCACGGCCCUGCAGCUGCUGAAGAUGAAUCACAACGAGAUGGCCCAUCUGCCCGGCGAUGCCUUCUCCAACCUGAAAGACCUGAGGUCUCUUCGCCUCAACAACAACAGGUUCACCACUGUGGCAGAGGGGACAUUUGACGGGCUGGUCUUCCUGGCCCACCUACAGAUUUAUAACAACCCAUUCACAUGCCACUGUAAGAUAGACUGGCUGAGGGACUGGAUUCUAAAGACCAGGAUAUCGGUUCCGGAACAGAACGCGAUCGUCUGUGACACUCCGGAGCAGAUGAAAGGGGUUGUGAUUGUGAGAAUGCCAGAGUCAAAGUGCAUGGCCCCAAAUGUUAGCAUUACAUCUGAGCCUAACGUUGUCAAUACAACACUCUUUGAAGGCACAGUGUUUAUACUUAAUUGUGAAAUCCGAGGUAACCCAAAGCCCGAAGUCAUCUGGAAAGUAGAUACAACAGGACUUAACAUAGUUUACCCUCUGUCAACCAAAGAGAAAAUGUCCAAUGAAUCCAGUGAAUCUAGUGAAUCCAGUGAGGUUUCAAAAAUGUCCGACAGUCAAAUAAAUGUUUUUCAUAACGGCACUCUGGUCAUACCACGCCUCAGUGAAAAGAACAAUGGCAACUACAGCUGUCUUGCCACCAACGAGUUUGGUAAAGAUCAGAAUUCUCUUUCAGUAGAGAUUGUACCAAGACCACCCCCCCCUCCACCUGUUAAAAAGGUUUUGGACACACCAGUUAUUAUUAAUAAGGUAAAAAUCCCAUCAGUGCUUCAACCUGUGACCAAAACCUCUCUGAGUAACCAUGUCGAUCCAUACAAUAUUCCCAGUUUUGAGAGAAAGUACAACAACCUCCUCCCAAGCCUUGCUCCCUCCGCUAACACUGAGCAUACAGGAAAAGGGUCCAGAUAUCGAUCCCGGGCGAGUGGCAAAUGUACCUUGACCAGUGAGACACAGUACAUCUCCAACCAGGCCUUCAACGGAAGCCUGAACGUUGUCAGGCAGUACACAUUUGACUUUGGCGUCAUAGCAUUGGGAUUGUCAGAGACAGAUGCUAAAGUGACACUCAACCCUCUCCUCCUUCCCAAAGACAACACAGACCACCAUCCCAGCACCUCCGAGGGGCUGCCUGCUAUCAGCGUAGAGCCUCAAAACCAAUCAGAAGUGUCCAGGAGGACUCUGGUGGACACGGGGCUGUAUCUGUGUAUAACCUCUGACCCCAGUCACUCAGCCGUUCAGUGGUCCAGGAUUGAAGAUGGCGUCAACACCUACCUGUUCCAGGACCUCCACCCUGGCACCAACUACUCGCUGUGUCUCUCCUUCACAGGGGAAGACUGCGAGGUCCAGGUCCUUUUCACAACCAGGAGGCGAGUUCCCAACCUGCUGAUUAUCAUCGUGGUCAGUGUCUGUCUGCUCACCGUCUCCACGGUCCCCCUACUGGGGGCCACCUGCUUCCACUUGGUCUACAAAUACCGGGGAAAGACCUACAAGUUGAUCAUGAAGGCCAAAGACCACCAGUACCACAUGGAGAGGAACCUGGUGGUCAACUGCCACCUGCGGAACUCCUACGCCGAGUCGCAGAGGCAGAUCACCUCCAGCGAGGCGGGGGACGGGGAGGAGCAGGGGUCGGAGAGCGGCUGCGGGGAGGGCAGGAGGGAAGGAGACGCGGAGGGGAGCGUGGUGACCGAGUCGUUCACUCUGUCUCAGUACAAGGGGAACACGGAGGGCAGUGAGGUGGGGUCGGAGUACAGCGAUAAGUUGCCUCUAGGGGCGGAAGCUGUUAACAUUUCUGGUCACUACAAAGAGGCGCGUCGUUGAUCCUGCGCUGUUUGGUUGUCGUGGCGUCGAUGUUUGACGGACGGUCUUGAGUAGACGACUUCUGGUCGUCUCCAGUCUUGGUUACAUGUGAUGUCUUGCAGUAACUGUUUGUCUGUCGGUGAGCGAAAAACCUAUGUGAGCUUCUCGUAUUUCAAAAAUGUCUGAUUUCAAGUACUUGGAUAUAAUCUGUAGACAAAGUGAAACCUGGUUCUGCUUCGGAACAGAGAAGUGGUGAAGAUAUGUUCUUACGUAUGCUUUCUCUGUAUAUAACUUAAUGUCUUGGUACAAAAAUGUAUGUUUAAGCUUAAUUCCAAUAGCUCUACUGUAUUUGUUGUGCUUCAAACCUACACAAAACAAUAUAAGUAUAUACACCGUAUAUAUGUGAGAAAUAUUCAAUACAUGUGAAAUUUAAAACAGUAAUAAUAUAUUGUCAAAGAAAUGCCUUUGUUCAAAAUUCAUUUACCAAUGUAUUUCAUGCAUUAAAAUACAUACAACAAAAUGCAUACAAAUAUAUUGUGGGACAACGUUUUAUAUUUCACAUGAGUAUAAAUAUAUAUUAAAAUUAAUGAACUUCUUGAAACCCAUGACUGUUUGUAACUGAUAGAGAUAGUUAUUCCAUAGCAUCCAUUUUCUGUAUGUUUCAGACGAGAGAGCGAAAUAUUUAAACCGUAAAAUAUCUCUUUUAUUUUUUUUUAUUAAAUGUUUUGUUUAACAGCAGCACUCAUGAAUGUGUAUGUGAAUCUAUUGCAACAGUGUGAUUUUUCACAUGCACAGAAAUUCAGCUUUACAGUUGCCAUAACAACCUUGAUCUGUCUGUCUCAAAACAUUGUUAUGAAUUACUCUAAAGUAGCAAGUAUACCUGUUAUGUCAACAAUAUGCUCUAGGACUCAAUGUGUGGAACCUAGUGUUUCUGUCACAGAUUUGCUGAAGCGCCACUGCUGCUCAGUACAUUUUAAUGGGGUAAUAUAUGUUAUAUUUGGAUAAUGUAAGAUAGCGUUGAGAUGUGUAAAUGCCUCACUGUUCAUUCUCUGUAUUGCCUGAAGUAAUAAAGUACUGAGUAACGUCUA